UCCCUGCGUGGGGCUGGCGGCGCGGAGUUGAGGCAGUGAAGGAAUCCAGCCUGCCCAGCGGCCCAGCGGCCCUACCGCCGCUCUCCCUCAGCUCGCUCUCCGCGCUGCAGGGGCCGCCAGCGCCGCGCCCCGGCCCGGGACAGAGCAGCUGCGCUCGCAACAAGGAGACUCCAGAACCCAGGCUGCUUUCAGGAACAUCUCUGUAGAUUCCCAGGUCCUGUGGUCAGAGCUGCAAGCCCUGGUGAGUCCCGCUGCAUCUACAUGGCUGGAACACAGGAAACCGGAGCUUCGGCGAGCAAGGCUUAUACCCCUAGAAGGAAGAUGGCUGAACUCAACACUCAUGUGAACGUCAAAGAGAAGAUCUACGCAGUUAGAUCAGUUGUUCCGAACAAAAGCAAUAAUGAAAUCGUCCUGGUACUCCAACAGUUUGAUUUUAAUGUGGAUAAAGCCGUACAGGCCUUUGUGGAUGGCAGUGCUAUUCAAGUUCUUAAAGAAUGGAACAUGACAGGAAAGAAGAAGAAUAAUAAAAGGAAGAGAAGCAAAUCCAAGCAGCAUCAAGGCAACAAAGAUGCUAAGGACAAGGUGGAGAGGCCAGAGGUGGGGCCCCUGCAGCCCCAGGCACCACUGGUACAAAAUGGUCACAUGAAUGGCUGCGAAAAGGACAGCUCAUCCCCUGACUCUACCAGAGAAAAACUGGCCCUCACACCACGUGAGAAAAAGAUCUCAAUACUGGAGGAACCUCCAAGGGCUCAGCGUGGGAUCACAGAAGGCGGCAGACUACUGCAGCAGAAAAUGUCCUUAGAUGGGAACCCCAGAGCGAUUCAUGGACCAUCAGAGAGGUCAGAUGGCCCACAGUGGUCAGCUGGGCAGCCUUGUAACCCAAGCAAGCCUAAGGCAAAAACAUCUCCUGUUAAGUCCAAUGCCCCUGCAGCUCAUCUUGAAAUAAAGCCAGAUGAGCUGGCAAAGAAAAGAGGCCCAAAUAUUGAGAAAUCGGUGAAGGAUCUGCAGCGCUGCACUGUUUCUCUGACGAGAUACCGCGUCAUGAUCAAGGAAGAAGUGGACAGUUCCGUGAAGAAGAUCAAAGCAGCAUUUGCUGAGCUACACAACUGCAUCAUUGACAAAGAAGUUUCACUGAUGGCAGAAAUGGACAAAGUUAAAGAAGAAGCCAUGGACAUCCUGACUGCCCGUCAGAAGAAAGCAGAGGAGCUGAAGAGACUGACUGACCUAGCCAGUCAGAUGGCAGAGAUGCAGCUGGCCGAACUCAGAGCCGAAAUUAAGCACUUUGUCAGCGAACGCAAGUAUGACGAGGAGCUGGGGAAGGCUGCCCGCUUCUCCUGUGACAUUGAACAGCUGAAAGCCCAAAUCCUGAUCUGUGGAGAAAUUACACAUCCAAAGAACAAUUACUCCUCAAGAGCUCCCUGCAGCUCCCUGCUGCCUCUGCUGAACACUCAUGCAGUAGCUUCCGGGAAACAGGGGAAUUUUGCCCGGAAGUCAUCCGGUCACAACAAGCCCUCUGAGGGGAAAGCAGCAAACCCCAAAAUGGUGAGCGGACUUCCCAACACUGCCGAUGCGUGUCACCAGACCAUGCCCACUAACAAGCAGCAGAAUGGACCUUCCAGCCAAAGACGAAGAUUUAAUCCACAGUAUCACAACAGGCUAAAUGGUCCAGCCAAGUCACAGGGUGGUGGUAAUGAAGCAGAUCCCAUGGCGAAGAGCAACAGCCGCCAUGAACACAGAAGACAGCCACAUAAUGGUUUCCGUCCCAAAAACAAAGGUGGUGCCAAAAACCAAGAGGCCCCCUUGGGGACAAAGGCCCCAGAGGCCCCCCCACAUUCUGAAAAAGCCCGUCGAAGGCAGCAUGCUGCAGACAACUUAGAGGCCAGGCCUUUCCGGGGUAAUGUCAGUAGGGUUUCACAGUGCAAUCUUUGUCCCUCUAGAAUAGAAGUUUCCACAGAGGCCACGGUCCUCUCAGUCCCCACUGUGACGUUGGUGGCCUGAGCUGGGAAAGAAGAGAGCAGGUUUUGCCUGGCUGUGGUUCCCUGCCCAAGGUGCUGACCUAAUCGCUGCCAAAAGAGAGUCAAUCAGAAUAUCCAAGUCCUGUAUGUGUGUGUCAUCCUCUCGCGAUCAUUUUUACUAAUCCUAAUACUCUGCUCUAGCUUGCUUCAGAACUCCCGUGGCUUUGCUUGAUCUGUUGUUGCUUCUCCUCAUCAAGACUUUGCAUCAUGUUAGCCAGCCAGUAUUUACUCAUUGUUAGGAAAAUUGAGCUGUGGCUGAAGACCAGAGGCUCAGUUAGCAACCUCUGUUGUAGCUGUGCUGUCAACCCAUUGGUUGUCUUUAGAGAGUUAAUGUUGAAACAAGGAAUUCUUGGUCAGACAAACGUGAUCGGCUGAAGACACAUGUGCUUUUGUAGAAUUUAACAUCUGGUGUUUUUCUGAAAUAUAUAUAAAUAUAUAUAAACAUAUAUUGCUUUAUUUGAAACAAAUUAAAAUAUGCUGCAUUUGACACCUGGCUUGCUCUUUUUAUCGAUGCCUACCUUGUUGAAUGUUUUCUGUAGCACCUUUGAGAAAAAGUUAGAGAUCAGAAGUUCGGUGCAAAGCUCUGUUUCCCUUGAAAUAAAAACUGAAGAAAUAAUGAUACUCCCUCAGUUACCAUAGGGAUAGGUGCUACAUACCCCAAUCAUCUCAAAUGCCAUGUGGUAGUUGGAAACCUUGGACAUAACAAAAUUUACCUCAGCCUAGCUUACACAAUAGAUUAUGAGUUCAUUAGCCAGAGUCCAGUUUUCCCGAUCAUGAUUUCCGCUCCCUUCUCUUAAUUCUGAAUUCUGUCCUCCAUAUUCUGACACUAUAUUCAGCAUGAUAAUAAUGACUAAGCCCCUGAGCUCUCUCACUGGCUUCUGUGUGGGACACCGGUCUUGUCAGAAGUCACAGCAAAACUCUGGCAUGAAGUUACUUGUUAUAGACCUGACUGAAGAUCGUCCAUGGAGUGAAUGAGUCAGUAGCACACACUAGUUAACGAAUAUGUUAGUUCGAAUACCCAUAGUCCACCUGUGACCCUGAAGCAGGGCCUCCCCAGAAGCACUGCUUAUGUAGAGAAGACUACUGCAUCAGGAAGGGAGAGUGGGCAUAGAGUACCCCCAAACCACAGGCCCUCGGCUCCCCUGUCUUUUGACUGUCAGGCAUGCUUUGCUGAUUGCUUUCAUGUGCAAAUGCACCCUUUCAACUCCAUGUUGAGAUUUUUUUUCUGACAACCCAGGUUCCCUGGUUCUUGUCCUCCACCCAGCCGAGCCUGCUAGCCACACAGGCAUCUGUUUCUUCUUGUGCCAAGUACAGGCGAAUGUUUGCUCUCUCCAGGGCUUUCCGAGGUCGCUGAGUGUACCCAGAGAUUUAACAGGAAUUCCAAAUGUCAAGUCGCAUUCCAGGAAGGAAGGAAGAGAAACCCAUCCAAAUAAGAAAAGAUGAAUUCUUGGGACCAUAGUCUCUGUUUACCCUGUCUGAGACUCUGAAUUUAUAUCUUACAAAUCAGAAGGAUUUUUUUUUUUUUUUACACAAGUUCUAUGUAGCAAGAUUCUGCUCAACCCCUGAAAAAAUGGCAGUUGGAAUGUGGCAGCUGUAAAGGCAGAGGCAGAUAAUUCUUACAAAAUGAAAGAAAAUGGCUGGGCCAGGUGAAAAAUGUGCCUGCUUCGUCAGAGUUCGAUCCAGCCACUCCUGUCUUCUCCCACACCCUCAGGAUACCCUGGAGUUAAGAAAACUCAGACACAUUCCCAAGAACAUAGCAAACACUCCCAGGUCACUGGAAAGAAGCAAAAGAAUGAUAAAAAGUAUUCAGAUCUGAUCACAUUGUUUCCUAGACUUUAGCCUUAGACUCUGGCAUGUGAUCAUUUUCGAAUUUGCAUUUUAAAAUGGUAAUUAGAUACUUUAGGUCUUUGAAAUAAAUACUCUGUCACAUUUCUUCA